GACUAUGGGAGUAUGCUGCUUGCAGAGGCUCUGCUGGAAGAAUGUUUGAAGGAAAACUUUGCCAAACUGAAGGACUCCAUCCCACUGACAGAGAAGAAUGAGCCAAAACUGAGUGAAGCUAAACAGUAUCUGAGCAGUAUCUUAAGCAGAGGAAAACUACGACCAAAGUAUAUGACAGAAGCUAUGCUGAUCCUAGGAAAGCUUCAUUAUGUGGAGGGAUCCUAUAGAGAUGCCAUUAGCAUGUAUGCAAGAGCAGGAAUUGAUGACCUCUCAACAAAAGAUGAACCUCUGUACGUGCUGCGUUUGGUAACUGAAGCCUUCGUUAUUAAAGGUCUGUCACUGGAACGCUCAACCAACUCAAUUGCCUCACGUGCUCGCCUGUGUGAAAGGGAGGAGGAGGUCAUGGCUUGUUUUGAGACAGCGUGUGUCGUUGCCCAGGUGUACUUGCAGGAGCUUGAAAAGACUUUAAACAACACCCAUUCAAGGAGUAUCAAGGGCAGCAAUGUGACUUACUCUGAGUUUGAACUUUCCUACUUCCUGGAAGCAGCUCUACAGAGUGCCUACGUGACUCAUUUAAAGAAGGGAAAUAUUGUGAAAGGAAUGAGGAGUCUCCGAGAAAUACUACGGACUGUGGAAACAAAAUCUACUCAGACCUUCAAAAUGACUGCAGCCAAACAGCUAGCCCAAGUACUUCUCCAUUCCCUCAGUGAAGACUGUUACUGGAGCCCUUUAUCUGAUCCACUUCCUGAGUUAAUGAACAAGGAAGAUCAGUCUUACGUUAGCAAUCUUCUUUAUCGGAGGCCCGAGCUGUACACAGAAGAGAAUGCGUACUGUCCUCAAGACAACGUAGAAGAGGCUCUUCUUCUCCUCUUAAUGAGUGAAUCCAUGGCAAACCGGGACGCAGUGAUCAGCCGAGCCCCAGAUCAGCAGGAUGACCGAGCUGUCAGCCUCCAGGAUGCUUCUGCGGUCUACGACCUCCUCAGCAUCACGCUGGGCAGAAGAGGGCAGUAUGUCAUGCUUUCUGAGUGCUUGGAGAGAGCCAUGAAGUUUGCGUUUGAUGAAUUUCACCUCUGGUACCAGCUUGCCCUGUCCAUGGUGGCUUGUGGAAAGUCAGCAUAUGCUGUGUCGGUGCUCAAAGAGUGUGCUAAACUGCGACCUACAGAUCCCACCGUUCCUCUUCUGGCUGCCAAGGUCUGCAUUGGUUCUCUGCAUUGGCUGGAAGAAGGAGAGUACUUUGCUAAAAUGGUGAUAGACCUGGGUGAGGAUGCUGGAGAGUCCCUAGCAAAGGGCUACCUGGCACUGGGCCUGACAUACAGUCUCCAAGCUACUGAUGCUACUCUGAAGGGCACUCAGGAUGAAUUAAACAAGAAGGCACUUCAGACUUUGGAGAGAGCACGUGACUUGGCCCCAGAAGAUCACCAAAUCAUCCUCUACCUAUCACUGCAGCUGGCUCUUGUCAGACAGAUUUCUGAUGCUAUAGAACAUCUUCAGGAAGCACUGCAACUGUGCAAAGAUGACAUGAAUUCACUUCAUCUGCUGGCCCUCCUCUUUUCAGCUCAGAAGCACUAUCAGCAUGCACUGGAUGUUAUCAACAUGGCUGUUGUUGAAUACCCGGAAAGCUUUAG